AUGCGGCAGCCAGCUCCGGCCCUUCGCUGGGGGAACCCAUGGGGUAACCUUGGAAAUGUUCUCAAGAGCCAGAGCAAGAUUUCUGAAGCUGAAAGCGCCUAUAGAAAUGCCUUGUACUACCGCAGCAACAUGGCUGAUAUGCUUUAUAAUUUAGGAUUGCUACUUCAAGAAAACAGCAGGUUUUCAGAGGCAUUGCAUUACUAUAAACUGGCAAUUGGUAGCAGACCCACACUAGCUUCUGCCUAUUUAAAUACUGGUAUCAUCCUGAUGAACCAAGGGAAGACAGAGGAAGCCAGGAAGACUUUCCUGAAGUGUUCAGAGAUCCCUGAUGAAAAUUUGAAAGAUCCUCAUGCUCAUAAAAGCUCUGUUACUAGCUGUCUUUAUAACUUAGGAAAACUUUUUCAUGAACAAGGACACUAUGAGGAUGCUCUUAUGGUUUACAAAGAAGCGAUACAGAAAAUGCCAAGGCAGUUUGCCCCACAGAGCUUAUACAACAUGAUGGGAGAAGCCUAUAUGAGAAUGAGCCGGCUGCCAGAAGCAGAGCGCUGGUACGUGGAGUCACUGCGAUCCAAGAGCGACCACAUCCCAGCCCAUCUCACCUACGGAAAACUGCUGGCUCUAACGGGACGCAAGAGUGAGGCAGAAAAGUACUUCGUGAAGGCUAUUCAGCUGGAUCCUACCAAAGGAAACUGCUACAUGCAUUAUGGUCAGUUCCUCCUUGAAGAAUCCCGCCUGAUAGAAGCAGCUGAGAUGGCAAAAAAAGCAGCUGAACUUGAUAAUACAGAAUUUGAUGUUGUUUUCAAUGCAGCCCAUAUGCUCAGACAAGCCAGUCUCAAUGAAGAAGCUGAGAAGUAUUAUGAAAUGGCAGCAGGAUUAAGACCUAAU